CCCCUUCCCUAUCUGCCACAAGCCCUUUGUCCUCACCUCCACCAAAUGCACCGCUUAAAACAACAACCAUACCAACUACACCAAAUACUACCAUAUCAACUAAAACUACCGCACCUUCUACACCAAAUACAACCACAACAACUACUUCAACCACAACAACUACACCAACUACAUCCACAUCAACCACAACCAUAUCAGCUACAACAACCACAUCUACCACAACAUCCACCACCCAAAGUACUAUAGCAUCAACCAUGUCACAUACUAACACAACAACUACACCAUAUCCAACCACAUCAGCUACAACCACAACACCUGCAGCUCCAUCAACCAUACCAUUCACAGCUACGUUAACCACCACUUACAUUUCUUCAUCUAACACUCGAAACACAUCAACAGUCAUGGUGCCCACGUCUAAUGCAGCAGCAUCAAAUGCAUCCACCAUCCCACCCCCACCCCCCACAUCACUCACAACCCCUCACCCAACACCACUGCACACCGCCUCAUCCAACAUGACUAGUGGACCAAUGACGUCCACCAUGCCAUCUCCAUCCACUUCCUCUACGCUGCACUCAACCUCACCCAUCAUUCGGUCCACUGCUAACAGUAAGUUAGAUCAUCCUUACUACAGUAGUCUAUGUUAAAAUAUGAGAAUUCAACUACAUUCAUUGUACUGUACAGACUCAGCAUGCUAAUGGCUCCUGGCUCUCCAUUUCAGUGACCUCUAUAAAUGCCACAUCACCGGGACACUCCACGCCUUUACAAACAACAGUCACCUCUAACGUCACUACAGGUAAGUCAACAGCCUCAGUAAUGGUGGAGGGGUGUAACACAAUGAGUAAUCAUAUGAUUUAUGGCAGAUUAUGUCUUAGUAUAAUAGAGGUGUUUGUGUGGAGCUACAGUGCUUUCAGAAAGUAUUCACACCCCUUGAAUUAUUCCACAUUUUGUUGUGUUACAGCCUGAAUUCAAAAUGACAUUUACAUAAGUAUUCACACCCCUGAGUCAAUACUUUGUAGAAGCACCUUUGGCAGUGAUUACAGCUGUGAGCCUUUCUGGGUAAGUCCCUAAAAGCUUUCCACACCUGGAUUGUGCAACAUUUUCCCAUUAUUCUUUUCAGAAUUCUUCAAGCUUUGUCAAAUUGGUUGUUGACUGUGCUUAAUUUGAGCCUGUUCCGGAACAGGAUCCGGCACCUCUCAGAUUGUUCAUUCAGGCACCUAUUUGCCUGGACCCGGUACCUCUCGCGGCAGUUUGAGGACUAUUUUCAAGUCCAGACAUACUCGGGGGGGGGGGGGGGGGGGGGGGGGGGGGACGACGACGACUGUGCAUCCACCGACGAAAUGCUCGGAGCAGGUGCAAUUUGCAGAUCAAAUGUUUUGUCAAUGCGCCGAAUACAACAGGUGUAGACCUUACCGUGAAAUGCUUACAAGCCCUUAACCAACAAUGCAGUUCAAUAAAUAAAGUUAAGAAAAUAUUUACUAAAUAAACUAAAGUAAAAAAUAAAAAGUAACACAAUAAAAUUGCAUAACAAUAACAAGGCUAUAUACAGGGGGUACCUGUGCCGAGUCAAUAUGCGGGAGUACAGGUUAGUCGAGGUAAUUUAGGUAAUUUGUACAUGUAGGUAGGGGUAAAGUGACUAUGCAUAGAUAAUAAACGGUGAGUAGCAGCAGUGUAAAAACAAAGGGGGGUCAAUGUAAAUAGUCCGGGUGGACAUUAAUUGUUCAGCAGUCUUAAGGCUUGGGGGUGGAAGCUGUUAAGGAGCCUUUUGGACCUAGACUUGGUGCUCCGGUACCGCUUGCCGUGCGGUAGCAGAGAGAACAGUCUAUGACUUGGGUGACUGGAGUCUUUGACAAUUUUUUGGGCCUUCCUCUGACACCGCCUAGUAUAUAGGUCCUGGAUGGCAGGAAGCUUGGUCCCAGUGAUGUAUUGGGCCGUACGCACUACCCACUGUAGCGCAUUUCGGUCGGAUGCUGAGCAGUUGCCAUACCAGGCAGUGAUGCAACCGGUCAGGAUGCUCUCGAUGGUGCAGCUGUAGAACUUUUUGAGGAUCUGUGGACCCAUGCCAAAUCUUUUCAGUCUCCUGAGGGGGAAAAGGUGUUGUCGUGCCCUCUUCACGACUGUCUUGGUGUGUUUGGACCAUGAUAGUUUGUUGGUGAUGUGGACACCAAGGAACUUGAAACAGCCCCGUCAAUGUUAAUGGGGGCCUGUUCAGCCCUCAAUUCCUGUAGUCCACGAUCAUCUCCUUUGUCUUGCUCACAUUGAGGGAGAGGUUGUUGUCUCUGACCUCCUCCCUAUAGGCUUUCUCAUUUCUUUUGAUGAUCAGGCCUACCACUGUUGUGUCGUCAGCAAACUUAAUGAUGGUGUUGGAGUCGUGCUUGAACACGCAGUUGUGGGUGAACAGGGAGUACAGGAGGAGACUGAGCACACACCCCUGAGGGGCCCCGGUGUUGAGGAUCAGCGUGGCAGAUGUGUUGUUGCCUACCCUUACCACCUGGUGGCGGCCCGUCAGGAAGUCCAGGAUCCAGUUGCAGAGGGAGGUGAUUAGUCCCAGGGUCCUUAGCUUAGUGAUGAGCUUUGUGGGCACUAUGGUGUUGAAUGCUGAGCUGUAGUCAAUGAACAGCAUUCUCACACAGGUGUUCCUUUUGUCCAGGUGGGAAAGGGCAGUGUGGAGUGCGAUUGAGAUUGUGUCAUCUGUGGAUCAGUUGGGGCGGUAUGCGAAUUCGAGUGGAUUUAGGGUUUCCGGGAUGAUGGGCCUCCUGUAGCUCAGUUGGUAGAGCAUGAUGGGCCUCCUGUGGCUCAGUUGGUAGAGCAUGGCGCUUGCAACGCCAGGGUUGUGGGUUCGAUUCCCACGGGGGGCCAGUAUGAAAAAUGUAUGCACUCACUAACUGUAAGUCGCUCUGGAUAAGAGCGUCUGCUAAAUGACUAAAAUGUAAAAUGUAUUGAUGGUGUCGAUGUGAGCCAUGACCAGCCUUUCAAAGCACUUAAUGGCUACCGACGUGAGAGCUACGGCGCGGAAGUCAUUUAGGCAGGUUACCUUCGCAUUCUUGGGCACAGGGACUAUGGUGAUCUGCUUGAAACAUGUAGGUAUUACAGACUCGGUCAGGGAGAGGUUGAAAAUGUCAGUGAAGACACUUGCCAGUUGGUCAGCGCAUGCUCUGAGUACUCGCCCUGGUAAUCUGUCUGGCCCAGCAGCCUUGUGAAUGUUGACCUGUUUAAAGGUCUUACCCACAUCGGCUACGGAGAGUGUGAUCACUCAGCUGGUGCUCUCUUGCAUGCUUCAGUGUUGCUUGCCUCGAAGCUAGCAUGAAAGGCAUUUAGCUCGUCUGGUAGGCUCACGUCACUGGGCAGCUCGCGGCUGGGUUUCCCUUUGUAGUCCAUAAUAGUUUGCAAGCCCUGCCACAUCCGACGAGCGUCAGAGCUGGUGUAGUAGGAUUCAAUCUUAGUCCUGUAUUGACGCUUUGCCUGUUUGAUGGUUCGUCUGAGGGCAUUGCUGGAUUUCUUAUAAGCAUCCGGAUUAGUGUUCAGCUCCUUGAAAGUGGCAGCUCUAGCCUUUAGCUCGGUGCGGAUGUUGCCUGUAAUCCAUGGCUUCUGGUUGGGAUAUGUACAUACUGUCACUGUGGGGACGACGUCAUCAAUGCACUUAUUGAUGAAGCCGGUGGCUAAGGUGGUAUACCCCUCAAUUCCAUUGGAUGAAUCACGGAACAUAUUCCAGUCUGUGCUAGCAAAACAGUCCUGUAGUGUAGCAUCCAUGUCAUCUGACCACUUCCGUAUUGAGCGAGUCACUGGUACUUCCUGCUUUAGUUUUUGCUUGUAAGCAGGAAUCAGGAGGAUAGAAUUAUGGUCAGAUUUGCCAAAUGGAGGGCGAGGGAGAGCUUUGUAUGCGUCUCUGUGUGUGGAGUAAAGGUGGUCUAGAGUUUUUUUUCCUCUGGUUGCACAUGUUGACAUGUUGGUAGAAAUGAGGUCAAACGGAUUUAAGUUUCCCUGCAUUAAAGUCCCCGGCCACUAGGAGCGCCGCUUCUGGAUGAGCAUUUUCUUGUUUGCUUAUGGCCUUACACAGCUCGUUGAGUGCGGUCUUAGUGCCAGCAUCUGUUUGUGGUGGUAAAUAGACGGCCACGAAUAAUAUAGAUGAGAACUCUCUUGGUAGAUAGUGUGGUCUACAGCUAUUAUCAUGAGGUACUCUACCUCAGGCGAGCAAUACCUCGAGACUUCUUUAAUAUUAGACAUCGCGCACCAGCUGUAUUGACAAAUAGACACACACCCCCACCCCGUAGCUGCUCUGUCUUGCCGAUGCACGGAAAACCCAGCCAGCUCUAUAUUAUCUGUGUCGUUGUUCAGCCACGACUCGGUGAAACAUAAGAUAUUACAGUUUAUUAAUGUUCCGUUGGUAGGAUAGUUUGUUUUCCAAUGAUUGCACGUUGGCCAAUAGAACCGAUGGUAAUGAAGAUUUACUCACUCGCCUACGAAUCCUAACAAGGCACCCCGACCUUCUCCCUCUGUAUCUCCACCUUUUCUUUUUGGGCCUGGUCUCCGGAGAGCAGUAUAUCCUUCGCGUCGGACUCAUUCAAGAAAAAAUAUUUGUCCAGUUCGAGUUGAGUAAUCGCUGUUCUGAUGUCCAGAAGCUCUUUUCGGUAAUAAUAGACAGUAGCAGCAACUUUAUGUACAAAAUAAGCUACAAACAAUGCGUAAAAAUAAACAAAAAAUAGCCCGUAAAACGGCAGCCAUCCCCUCCGGUGCCAUUAUUAUAACCCCUGGCUUGUCAUGCAGAAUUCGUAAAAAUAGAACAACAAAGAGCCCUCAGAAAAAAGGUUUUUGAACAUGCCUUGGAGAGUGCUGUCCAUUUCACCACCAUAGAUAGUAGGCUACUUGGAGAGUGCUGUCCGUUUCACCACCAUAGAUAGUAGGCUACUUGGCUGUUUACUCUGUCUGCUGCUCUGCUACGUUGUGUUUGUCACUUAUUUUCUCAAUGUUUUCUGGUUCCUCAGAGCCCCAUGGAUAACCCCCCAUUCUCGCGCUCACUAUGUGUUCUGGGACCUCCCAAUUUAUAACCAAUUUCAGGUCUUGCCAUAGAUUUUCAAGUAGAUUUAAUUCAAAAUUGUAACUCGGACACUCAGGAACAUUCACUUUCUUCUUGGUAAGCAACUCCAUUGUAUAUUUGGCCUAGUGUUUUAGGUUAUUAUCCUGCUGAAAGGUAAAUUAAUCUCUCAGUGUCUGGUGGAAAGCAGGCUGAACCAGGUUUUCCUCUAGGAUUUUGCUGGUGCUUAGCUCCAUUCCAUUUCUUUUUUAUCCUGAAAAACUCCCCAGUCCUUAACGGUUACAAGCAUACCCAUAACAUGAUGCAGCCACCACUAUGCUUGAAAAUAUGGCGAGUGGUACUCAGUAAUAUGGAUUUGCCCCAAACAUAACACUUUGUAUUCAGGACAAAAAGUGAAUUGCUUUGCCAAAUUUUUUGCAGUAUUACUUUAGUGCCUUGUUGCAAACAGGAUGCAUGUUUUGGAAUAUUUUUAUUCUGUACAGGUUUCCUUCUUUUCACUCUAUCAAUUAGUAUUGUGGCGUAAAUGCAAUGUUGUUGAUCCAUCCUCAGUUUUCUCCUAUCACAGCCAUUAAACUCUGUAACUGUUUUAAAGUCGCCAUUGGCCUCAUAGUGAAAUCGCUGAGCGAUUUCCUUCCUCUCCGGCAACUGAGUUAGUAAGGACGCCUGUAUCUUUUGUAGUGACUGGGUGUAUUGAUACCCCAUCCAAAGUAUAAUUAAUAACCUCACCAUGCUCAAAGAGAUAUUCAAUGUCUGCUUUUUUUAUUUUUACACAUCUACCCUUCUUUGCGAGGCAUUGGAAAACCUCCCUGGUCUUUGUGGUUGAAUCUGUGUUUGAAAUUCACUGCUCGACUGAGGGACCUUACAGAUAAUUGUAUGUGUGGGGUACAGAGAUGAGGUAGUCAUAAAAAAAUUGUGUUAAACACUAUUGUUGCACACAGAAUGAGUCCAUGCAACAUAUUAUGGGACUUUUUAAGCACAUUUUACUCCUGAACUUAUUUACGCUAGCCAUACUUAUUGAAUACUUAUUGGCUCAAGACAUUUCAGCUUUUCAUUUUUUAUUAAUUUGUAAAAAUGAUUGUGUGAAAGCCAGAGACCAAAAAAUCUCAAUUUAAUCCAUUUUAAAUGCAGCCUGUAACACAAAGAAAUGUGGAAAAAGUCAAGGGGUGUGAAUACUUUGUGAAGGCACUAUAAGUGUUGCAUUGGUUUGCCUCAUGGUUAUGUGUGCACUGAUCGUCACCUAUCUCUUCUCCCAUCUCUGUUUCAGAGCCAGCAAAGGUGCAUUGCAACUUCUCACAGCUCUGUGCCAAUCAGUGUAAGUUGAAUGAAUCAUGCUUAUAAUAUGAAUAUAUUAUAUUGCUGCAUUAGUCUCUCAUGUCCACUGUUAUUUUGUUACGUUAUAGCCUUAUUCUCAAAUUGAUUAAUUUAUAUAUAUUUUUCUCAUCCAUCUACACACAGUACCCCAUAAUGACAAAGCAAAAACAGAAAUAUCACAUUUACAUAAGUAUUCAGACCCUUUACUCAGUACUUUGUUGAAGCAGCGAUUACAGCCUCGAGUCUUGGGUAUGACGCUACAAGCGUGGCACACCUGUAUUUGGGGAGUUUCUCCCAUUCUUCUCUGCAGAUCCUCUAAAGCUCUGUCAGGUUGGAUGGGGAGCGUCGCUGCACAGCUAUUUUCAGGUCUCUAGAGAUGUGUUAGAUCUGGUUCAAGUCCGGGCUCUGGCUGGGCCACUCAAGGACAUUCAUAGACUUGUCCCGAAGCCACUCCUGUGUUGUCUUGGCUGUGUGCUUAGGGUUGUUGUCCUGUUGGAAGGUGAACCUUCGCCUCAGUCUGAGGUCCUGAGUGCUCUGGAGCAGGUUUUCAUCAAGGAUCUCUCUGUACUUUGCUCCGUUCAUCUUUCCCUCGAUCCUGACUAGUCUCCCAGACCCUGCCGCUGAAAAAUAUCCCCACAGCAUGAUGCUGCCACCACCAUGCUUUACCGUAGGGAUGGUAUUGGCAUUCAGGCCAAAGAGUUAAAUCUUGGUUUCAUCAGACCAGAGAAUCUUAUUUAUCAUGGACUGAGAGUCCUUUAGGUGCCUUUUGGCAAACUCUAAACGGGCUGUCAUGUGUAUUUUACUGAGGAGUGGCUUCCGUCUGGCCACUCUACCAUAAAGGCCUGAUUGGUGGAGUGCUGCAGAGAUGGUUGUCCUUCUGGAAGGUUCUCCCAUCUCCACAGAGGAACUCUGGAGCUCUGUCAGAGUGACCAUCGGGUUCUUGGUCACCUCCCUGACCAAGGCCCUUCUCCCCCGAUUGCUCAGUUUGGACGGGUGACCAGCUCUAGGAAAAGUCUUGGUGGUUCCAAACUUCUUCCAUUUAAGAAUAAUGGAGGCCAUUGUGUUCUUGGGGACCUUCAAUGCUGCAGAAAUUCUUUGGUACCCUUCCCCGUAUCUGUGCCUUGACACAAUCCUGUCUCUGAGCUCUACGGACAAUUCCUUAGACCUCAUGGCUUGGUUUCUGCUCUAACAUGCACUGUCAACUGUGGGACCUUAUAUAGACAUGUGUGUACCUUUCCAAAUCAUGUCCAAUCAAUUGAAUCUACCACAGGUGGGCUCCAAUCAAGUUGUAGAAACAUCUCAAGGAUAAUCUAUGGAAACAGGAUGCACCUGAGCUCAUUUUCGAGGCUCAUAGCAAAGGAUCUGAAUAAUUAAGUGAAAAACAUUUGCAAAGAUUUCUAAAAACCUGUUUUCUCUUUGUCAUUAUGAGGUAUUGUGUGGAGGAAAAAGUUUAAUUUAAUCAAUUUUAGAAUAAGGCUGUAACGUAAUAAAAUGUGGAAAAAGUGAAGGUGUUUGAAUAAUUUCCGAAUGCACUGUAUAUUAUUUAUGUUUGAACUGCAUGUUUAAUUGAUUGAUUGUUUGAUUGAUUAUACACUAAACAAAAAUAUAAACGUAACAUGUAAAGUGUUGGUCCCAUGUUUCAUGAAAUGAAAUAAAAGAUCCCAGAAAUUUUCCAUACACACAAAAAGCUUGUUUCUCUCAAAUUGUGUGCACAAAUUUGUUUACAUCCCUGUUAGUGAGCAUUUCUCCUUUGCCAAGAUAAUCCAUCCACCUGACAGGUGUGGCAUAUCAAGAAGCUGAUUAAACAGCAUGAUCAUUACACAGGUGCACCUUGUGCUGGGGAUAUAUAUAUAUAUAUAUAUAUAUAUAUAUAUACAGUGGGGGAAAAAAGUAUUUAGUCAGCCACCAAUUGUGCAAGUUCUCCCACUUAAAAAGAUGAGAGAGGCCUGUAAUUUUCAUAAAAGGUACACGUCAACUAUGACAGACAAAUUGAGAAAAGAAAAUCCAGAAAAUCACAUUGUAGGAUUUUUUAUGAAUUUAUUUGCAAAUUAUGGUGGAAAAUAAGUAUUUGGUCAAUAACUAAAGUUUCUCAAUACUUUGUUAUAUACCCUUUGUUGGCAAUGACACAGGUCAAACGUUUUCUGUAAGUCUUCACAAGGUUUUCACACACUGUUGCUGGUAUUUUGGCCCAUUCCUCCAUGCAGAUCUCCUCUAGAACAGUGAUGUUUUGGUGGCUGUCGCUGGGCAACACGGACUUUCAACUCCCUCCACAGAUUUUCUAUGGGGUUGAUAUCUGGAGACUGGCUAGGCCACUCCAGGACCUUGAAAUGCUUCUUACGAAGCCACUCAGGCGGUGUGUUUGGGAUCAUUACGUUGCCCAGGCGGUGUGUUUGGGAUCAUUGUCAUGCUGAAAGACCCAGCCACGUUUCAUCUUCAAUGCCCUUGCUGAUGGAAGGAGGUUUUCACUCAAAAUCUCACGAUACAUGGCCCCAUUCAUUCUUUCCUUUACACGGAUCAGUCGUCCUGGUCCCUUUGCAGAAAAACAGCCCCAAAGCAUGAUGUUUCCACCCCCAUGCUUCACAGUAGGUAUGGUGUUCUUUGGAUGCAACUCAGCAUUCUUUGUCCUCCAAACACGAUGAGUUGAGUUUUUACCAAAAAGUUCUAUUUUGGUUUCAUCUGACCAUAUGACAUUCUCCCAAUCCUCUUCUGGAUCAUCCAAAUGCACUCUAGCAAACUUCAGACGGGCCUGGACAUGUACUGGCUUAAGCAGGGGGACACGUCUGGCACUGCAGGAUUUGAGUCCCUGGCGGCGUAGUGUUUUUACUGAUGGUAGGCUUUGUUACUUUGGUCCCAGCUCUCUGCAGGUCAUUCACUAGGUCCCCCUGUGUGGUUCUGGGAUUUUUGCUCACCGUUCUUGUGAUCAUUUUGACCCCACGGGGUGAGAUCUUGCGUGGAGCCCCAGAUUGAGGGAGAUUAUCAGUGGUCUUGUAUGUCUUCCAUUUCCUAAUAAUUGCUCCCACAGUUGAUUUCUUCAAACCAAGCUGCUUACCUAUUGCAGAUUCAGUCUUCCCAGCCUGGUGCAGGUCUACAAUUUUGUUUCUGGUGUCCUUUGACAGCUCUUUGGUCUUGGCCAUAGUGGAGUUUGGAGUGUGACUGUUUGAGGUUGUGGACAGGUGUCUUUUAUACUGAUAACAAGUUCAAACAGGUGCCAUUAAUACAGGUAACGAGUGGAGGACAGAGGAGCCUCUUAAAGAAGAAGUUACAGGUCUGUGAGAGCCAGAAAUCUUGCUUGUUUGUAUGUGACCAAAUACUUAUUUUCCACCAUAAUUCGCAAAUAAAUUCAUUAAAAAUCCUACAAUGUGAUUUUCUGGAUUUUUUUUCCUCAAUUUGUCUGUCAUAGUUGACGUGUACCUAUGAUGAAAAUUACAGGCCUCUCUCAUCUUUUUAAGUGGGAGAACUUGCACAAUUGGUGGCUGACUAAAUACUUUUUUCCCCCACUGUAUAUAUAUAUAUAUAUAUAUAUACAAUAAAUGGCCUAUCAAGAAGCUCAACAGGGUCUUGACCUGACUGCAGUUCGGCCUCGUAAACGUCUUCAGUGGACAAAUGCUCACCUUCAAUGGCCACUGGCACACUGGAGAAGUGUGCUCUUCAUAGAGGAAUCCCAGUGUCAGCUGUACCGGGCAGAUGGCAGACAGCGUUUAUGGCAUCGUGUGGGCGCGCGGUUUGAAGAGGAGUGUGACAACAUUCCACAGGCAACAAACAACAGCCUGAUCAACACUAUGCUAAGGAGAUUUGCAUGAGACAAAUGGUGGUCACACCAGAUACUGACUGGUUUUCUGAUCCACGUCCCCUAUUUCUUUUUUUGAGUGGGGGGUAUCUGUGACUAACAGAUGCAUAUCUGUAUUCCCAGUCAUAUGAAAUCCAUAGAGUAGGGCCUAAUUAAAAAUGUUCUAUAGACUUAUUUCCUUAUAUGAACUGUAACUCAUUAAAAUCUUUGAAAUUGUUGCAUGUUGCGUUUAUAUUCAGUGUAUAAUAUGAAUUUGACAUGUGCAAUGAAAUCUAAUUUAAUGUGUAUGUCUUACAGCCGUGUACUACUGGAUGGUCCUUGCUGUGGACGUGACUGGAGACCUGAAGAGUGAAUCAGACAUCAGUGACUGGGUAGGUCACAGGACUGUGAAUGAUUCUUAAAUGACUGAUGUGUAAUGAAUUGUUUCGAAACUGUACAUUUGUUUAGUAAUACAUCAAACGUGACAGCACUGUUUACCUUUUUCAGCUCUGCGAUCUAUUUCAUACUCACUUGGACACCUGUGAGCCCUACAAACCUGAACAAUCAAAUGGCACAAACUCGACAGACACACUGCGAACCACCUCAGUCAGUCCAACAUAUCCCACCCCCUACAACAUGACAACACGGUUAUACAACUUCACCAUAACAACACCAUCCCAGAACUUCACCACGACAACACCAACACUGAACUACAGCUCGACCCUCUCACACAACUUCAGCAUGACAGCCUUGACAACAAACAUGACAACCAUGCUUUACAAUCAUAGUAUUACUACUCAUUCACACAACCAUAGCAUGACUACCACACUCUACAACCAUAGCAUGACUACACCAUCACAAAACCACAGCAUGACAACUCAUUCUCCCAGCUAUACCAUGUCUGCCAACUGGCCACAUAGCACCACUAGGUAAAGUAUUCAGUCACAUGUCAUUAUUGUUCAUUAAUGAAUAUACAGUAGAUGUGCAGAAUAUGAUGUUUGAAUAUCAAAACAUUAAUCUCUUCUAAGCUAACUCUGUUCAUUAAUUGUUUGUUCUGCAGUAAAGAGCACAAAGGUGGAAAUAGGACUGCUGCCAGCCUGUUUCAAGUAAGACUAGAUCUCUCUCCAGACAAACCUGCCUCAAUGUGCAUGUGAACAUUAGAGGGUACUUUUGCUUUUUCUGUGAAAGUAUGUGAGUUGAAUCAAAACUCUUAUCUUUACAGGACAUUGAAGUGACAUGCGUCAAUAAUAAAACAAAGAUCAGGUUUGUUGAAAGACUAAUUUCAAUACUACAGUUCAGCAUCCUCUGUCUCGCUCCACGUCUUAAUACUGCCCCCUAUCCCUCCAGGAGGACUAACUGCACUGUGCUGCUGAAGCUGAGGAAGCCCACAUUUCCCUGUUGUGUCCAGCGGGCCCUGUGGUUGGCUGCGGAGAACAGCCCCAUACAAGCCUAUAUUGUGGGAAAUAGAGUGGAGAGAGUGGGUGAGUGACACUGACCCUAAUGUGAAUCUGAAAUGUCUCACAGAAAUGUAAAUGUCCUUAUCAGAGCCUCACGUCUGUUGCUUGUUGGUUGUAGCUAAGGGUCUGUGUCAUAGUGCAGGCCAACUGCCUCCAAGUAAUGGUUUUGCGAAGUGCAAUGGCUCGCUCAAUGGCACCCUCCCUCUCCCAAACACUUGUCAGUCUCCAGGGCCUGUCAAUAUCUCAUGGUAAGCUGGAUAUCACUCUGGAAAAGUAAAUACUAUGCUGUUAUUUCUGUGUUUGUAGAAUCUCUAUAGAAUAAAUAGUGUAUCCAUCUUCUCAUAUGAACAUGUUUUAUCUUACAGUGGACAUGCAGGGACUGUUUAUGUACCUCUUGGGAAUCAAACCCAAAUGAACUGUGGCAAGCCCCCUAAACCCCCCAUUGGUAAAAACAAUUUGAUUUACCCAUGUGAUAAUACUCAUUAUCCACAUUUACACUGGCAGACAAAUUAAUUUGCCAUUUCAACCUUCAGUGGGUUUUUAAAACACAUAUCUGUCUGUAUCUUGAUAAGUAUCGUACUCCUGCUUUUCAGGGGUGAUGAUUUUCUGCAACUGCUCUGCUUAUUGCUAUGGUACAGGUAAGUGAAAUAUUAAAAAAAUCAACUGAUAAGUUCACUGAUACUGUGAUGGACCCACUACACUUUUUAAUCUCCCACCAUGUGAUAACUCUCUCUCCCUCCCUCUCAUUUUAGCUGCAUACUACACCUUGGACAUACAGAUCACAGAUUCUGCUAUACACAUUUCACACAUCGUCAAUCUGGUGAGUUAGUGCAGAUAUGCAUAUACAGGUAACUGCCAAAAUAAAUGAGGGAUAAAAAGUGUAUUGAAAGCAGGUGCUUCCACACAGGUGUGGUUCCUGAGUUAAUUAAGGACUCAACAUCCCAUCAUGCUUAGGGUCAUGUAUAAAAAUGCUGGGCAGGCCAUUAUUUUGGCUCCCAUGGCUAUGCCCCCAUAGGAUGACAAUGCCCCCAUCCACAGGGCACAAGUGGUCACUGAAUGUUUGAUGAGCAUGAAAACGAUGUAAACCAUAUGCCAUGGCCGUCUCAGUCCCCGGAUCUCAACCCAAUUGAAAACUUAUGGGAGAUUCUGGAGCAGCGCCUGAGACAGCGUUUUCCACCACCAUCAACAAAACACCAAAUGAUGGAAUUUCUUGUGGAAGAAUGGUGUCUCAUCCCUCCAAUAGAGUUCCUGACACUUGUAGAAUCUAUACCAAAGUGCAUUGAAGCUGUGCUGGCCCAACGCCCUAUUAAGACACUUUUUGAUGCUGUUUUCUUUAUUUUGGCAGUUACCUGUAUGAGUGUGUGUGUGUGUGUGUGUGUGUGUUUGUGUGUACGUGCACUGUCUGUGUGCAUGCAUAUACACUGAGUGUACAAAACAUUGGGAACGCCUUCCUAAUAUUGAGUUGCACCCCAUUUUGCCCUCAAGAACUGCCUCAAUUUGUCGGGGCAUGGACUCUACAAGAUGUUGAAAGCAUUCCACAGGGAUGCUGACUCAUGUUAACUCCAAUGCUUCCCACAGUUGUGUCAAGUUGGCUGGAUGUUCUUUGGGUGGUGGACCAUUCUUGGGAAACACACACGGAAAACUGUUGAGCGUGAAAAACCCAGCAGCGUUGCAGUUCUUGACACACUCAAACCGGUGUGCCUGGCACCUACUACCAUACCCCGUUCAAAGGCACUUCAAUCUUUUGUCUUAUCCAUUCACCCUUUGAAUGGCACACAUACACAAUCCAUGUCUCAAUCGUCUCAAGGCUUAAAAAUCUACACUGAUUGAAAUGGAUUUAACGAGUGACAUCAUUAAGGAAUCAUAGCUUUCACCUGGAUUCACCUGGUCAUUCUAUGUCAUGGAAAGAGCAGGUGUUCCUAAUGUAUUGUACACUCAGUGUAUAUGUGUGUGUGUUUAAAACCUAAGCUACCAGCCUUUAUUAAUUCCUUUUUCAUUCAUUCCUUCCCCAGGUUGAUCAGCUAAAAAAUCCACGACCCUGCCACAACAUCUCAGUGUAUUUCCUAAUUUCUUCAUCUGUUUUAAUACAGUUUUACAUUUACAUUUUAGCAGACGCUCUUAUCCAGAGCGACUUACAGGAGCAAUUAGGGUUAAGUGCCUUGCUUAAGGGCACAUCGACAGAUUUUUCACCUUGUCGGCUCGGGGAUUAGAACCAGCGACCUUUCGGUUACUGGCACAACGCUCUUACCCACUAAGCUACCUGUUUUCUCUCUGCUUAUUGUCAAUAUGCUCACACUUUCUAAUUAGAUCAUUACAGCCUUAAUGAGCCCCAACAGUACCUAUAGCACCAUACCUUCCCACACCACGUUUGAUAUUUUGACAUAAUUCUCUGUUACAGUCCCCCUUGUCCUCUGCCCAUCAUAUCAACUAUCUAUCAGGUAAUUUUGCAUUGCGUUAAUAACCCAACCCCACAAUGAACUCUCAUUGUUUUAUGUUGCACUGCAAAUGAACCAUAUGCUAACUUAUUGUCACACACUCGUGGUGUGACAUAAAUUGAGACCUUAUGACCUAUUCAGAGUUGUUUUCCCACAGUCUGUUCAUGUGGAAUGCGUUGGCACAGAGACAAAGUGAGUUCCCAUAAUCCUUGCAGGCACAAAACCUUUACAUUACAUUCAAGACAGCCGCCCUCGAUGUGCAGUGACGAUGGUCUUAAUACUUAUUAAUAACUAUACUAUUACUGUUUUCUUACCAGUCUCCGAAACUGCAGUGUUAUCGUGUGCCUUGACCAUUCGGUGCCUAUAUGUGCAGUCAGUAUUGCAUUGAUGAAUGUGUUCAAUGAUGAGCAUGAUAUUGACUAUGAUGGAAAGGUGACGCGAGCGGGUGAGUAGCCCUACCAUGGAAACUGGAGGCAGAGGGCAUCUGUGUCGUUAUUCAUAUACAUUAUACAAUAUGUGUCUGGCUGUUUGUUUGUGUUCAUAUAUCUCACACAGGAAUUUGUAGCUGGCCAGGAUUCAGUGGAGAUCUAUUGAAUUCGACCUUCAGCUCAGCGAAGAGCAGCCUCAACCACUCUGAGUUCUGUGAGGCUGUAGAGGAGAACUAUGGCGAAUUUGUCUGGUCAGUCCAAUCUCUCGUUGUGUGCUUCAAAGAUGGCAAAACCUUGUUACACAUUUUGUAAUCAUGUAAAACACUGUAAAUGAUGGAGAGUAAGCACGUUGCACAUUGUUAUUUGUACAUUUAAGCUGUAACACUUAAUCUAUUACUGUACUAAAGAUGUACAUUUACCUGUCCUUUUCUCUUUUUAGCAAUCAAGGAGAAAUUGUGUGUGUGCUCCUGAAUGAAAUGUGUGACAGAGACCCCACACCUCCUCCUACUUCACCCAGCCCAAUAGCCAACAUCACUUUUCCUGCAACAACUACACUGUCUCCUCCAAACAACACCACUCUACAACAAAACACCACCUCCCUCCCAUCGAACACAACAUUACCUCCACUAAACACCACCUCUACAGCUCCAAAUACUACAACAUCAGCUCCAAAUACUACAACAUCAGCUCCAAAUACUACAACAUCAGCUCCAAAUACUACAACAUCAGCUCCAAAUACUACAACAUCAGCUCCAAAUACUACAACAUCAGCUCCAAAUACUACCACAUCAGCUCCAAAUACUACAACAUCAGCUCCAAAUACUACAACAUCAGCUUCAAAUACUACCACAUCAGCUCCAAAUACUACAACAUCAGCUCCAAAUACUACAACAUCAGCUUCAAAUACUACCACAUCAGCUCCAAAUACUACAACAUCAGCUCCAAAUACUACAACAUCAGCUCCAAAUACUACCACAUCAGCUCCUAGCACUAUAGUCACAACACAAACCAACACAACGACAACCAUCCAGCCCAUUCAUCCAUCGCUAAACACCACCACAACCAUGACCAUUGCCACAUCUACCCUGGGUAAUACCACUGCAAACUCAUCAACACCCAUCCUUCGACCAGUGAACACCACAACAGCUGUGAUAACAACCACCGCAGGUAACCACUGGCAUCCUAACUCACUCUGAUCUUUGAUCUAUACUUGUCAUAGCUGCUGCUGUUACAUUAAUUUCCAUUUAACAUUUAGACCCAUAGUCAAAGUUCCGCUCUGAAAACAUACUUGUUUUUAUUAUGGAUCCUUCUUCCCACAGCACACAACACCACAACAGCCAGUAUUGAAGAGCAGUCCAACCAGCUGCUGGGUCUGACAAGUGACGUGUCCAAGCUCAACUCCUCCCAGGUGGACCAGCUGGUGUCCCACCUAGAGGCCCUGCUGGCUGGGCCCCAACGUCAGCCUGGCUCUGGGGAAAAUCUCUGUCACGAUCGUUAGCAACCUGCUGGGUGCCUCCUCUGACACCCUGGCCUCCUCCUCCACCAAGUGAGCUCCCUGGAGCUGAACAAUCUACAGUUGUGCAGUUGUUCUGCCUGUUGUGCUGCCUGUUGUGCUGCCUGUUGUGCUGCCGGUUGAACUGCCGUUUGAGCUGCCUGUUGAGCUGCCUGUUGAGCUGCCUGUUGAGCUGUAGCUGAAAUGAUUACUUAUACAAAGUCUGUAAAGAGACUGUUUCUACAUUUCCUUGAAACAGAAAGAAAGCUUAGAAAUGGCUUUGACUAGCCUGCACAUCACAGUAACAGUUCAUUUUUCUACCAGGAUCAUUGGGAUUGUUGAUACGGUGGGCCUGAAGCUGGUCGUUCAGGAAGAGGCUACGAUUUUAACCAAGUCGGUCGCUCUCGCUGUCAAAACGGUGGACGGCACUAAUUUCCAGAGAACAUCUUUCUCCAUCCCAGACCCCAACAGUGUGCAGGUAUGACCUAAACCUUCCAGUAAGGAAACACUGAAUAGGAAAUACUGUAACCUUGGUUGCCCUCAAAAUGCAUGCAAAUCUAAUGUAAGACAUCCUUCACUCUGCAUGUAUUAUCUUUGCACAGUACAGUAUGUCUGGUGUGGUCUGGUAUGGGCUGGUAUGUAAACUCAUAACCCCUGUUUAUUGCUAUGUGUUAACCAUAUAGAAAUGUGUCCCCUGUAGAUCCGUGGAGACGGCAGAGCCAGGAGGAGUGUGAGAGCAGAGGCAAACUCCCUCCCUCAGGGUUCCGUCACGUUCCCCUCCUCCCUCACAGCGAACCUCUCCCCUGAGCAUCAGCUACAAGCCUCCAGACUCCAGUUCAAUUUCUACCAGCAGAGCACUGUGUUCCAGGUACUCCAAACCAUACCAUAUUCCACUGUAUGAUCUGCUGGAGUAGAAUUGAAGCGUGGCAUAGUUGAAAAACCUCACACCCCAGAGGACUAGUAUAGUAAUUGUCCGAUUCUUUCCAUACUGUUCCCCAGGACCGAGCCCUGGGAGACAGCAGGCUGAAUAGUGGAAUCCUGGGGGCCAGUGUGGCCAACCUGUCAAUCAAAUCUCUGCAGGAGGACGUGGUCAUCACCCUGAGGAACACUGAACCCAUCCCAGUGAGUCAAACAAACACACACUGUACAUUCUAGUCAAAACCUUAUUAACUAUGUCCAGGAUGUGACUUCUUGAGAAACUAUUUAAUAUCUGUCACCUUGUUAUCUCAAUGAAUCCUUGACACACUGUCUUCUCUUUAUCAUUUGUCCACACAGGCACAUUUCGUGGUGUCAUGUGCUUUCUGGGACUUUGGCAUGAAUGGUAAGUGUUCCGCUUGUGUCAAAUCAGAAUCAAAUGUUACUUGUCAAAUGCUUCGUAAACAACAGGUGUAGACAAACAGUGAAAUGCUUACUUACGAGUCCCUUUCCACCAAUGCAGAGUUAAAGAUACAAAAUAUAAAAUAUAAAUAGUGACACGAGAAAUAAAUACAGAGUGAAUAACGAGUAACAAUAAAGAGGAAAAAUAACAUGUCUAUGUACAGGGAGUACCAGUAAGUACCCAGUCGAUGUGCAGGGGUACGAGGUAAUUGAGGUAGCUAUGUACAUAUAGGUAGGGGUAAAGUGACUAGGCAACAGGAUAGAUAAUAGACUGAGCUGUAGCAGCAGCGUAUGUGGUGGUGUGAAAGUGUAUGUGUGUGUGUGAGUGUGGCGUCAGUAUGCAUGUGUGCGCAUGUUAUGGGUGUGUGGGUGUAUGUGUGUGAUGGGGUGUGUAUGUGUUUGUGUUGGGGUGUCAGUGUAAGUGAGUGUGUUGGUAGAGACUAGUGUGUGUGUGCAUAGAGUCAGUGCAAGAGAGUUAGUUAAAAAAAGGGUCAAUGUACAGUGAGGGAAAAAAGUAUAUGAUCCCCUGCUGAUUUUGUAAGUUUGCCCACUGACAAAGACAUGAUCAGUCUAUAAUUUUAAUGGUAGGUUUAUUUGAGCAGUGAGAGACAGAAUAACAACAAAAAAAUCCAGAAUAACACAUUUCAAAAAUGUUAGAAAUUUAUUUGCAUUUUAAUGAGGGAAAUAAGUAUUUGACCCCCUCUCAAUCAGAAAGAUUUCUGACUCCCAGGUGUCUUUUAUACAGGUAACGAGCUGAGAUUAGGAGCACACUCUUAAAGGGAGUGUUCCUAAUCUCAGUUUGUUACCUGUAUAAAAUACACCUGUCCACAGAAGCAAUCAAUCAAUCAGAUUCCAAACUCUCCACCAUGGCCAAGACCAAAGAGCUCUCCAAGGAUGUCAGGGACAAGAUUGUAGACCUACACAAGGCUGGAAAGGGCUACAAGACCAUCUCCAAGCAGCUUGGUGAGAAGGUGACAACAGUUGGUGCGAUUAUUCGCAAAUGGAAGAAACACAAACUAACUGUCAAUCUCCCUCGGCCUGGGGCUCCAUGCAAGAUCUCACCUCGUGGAGUUGCAAUGAUCAUGAGAACGGUGAGGAAUCAGCCCAGAACUACAUGGGAGGAUCUUGUCAAUGGAGGAUCUUGGGACCAUAGUCACCAAGAAAACAAUUGGUAACACACUACGCCGUGAAGGACUGAAAUCCUGCAGCGCCCGCAAGGUCCCCCUGCUCAAGAAAGCACAUAUACAGGCCCGUCUGAAGUUUGCCAAUGAACAUCUGAAUGAUUCAGAGGAGAACUGGGUGAAAGUGUUGUGGUCAGAUGAUGAGACCAAAAUCGAGUUCUUUGCCAUCAACUCAACCCGCCGUGUUUGGAGGAGGAGGAAUGCUGCCUAUGACCCCAAGAACACCAUCCCCACCGUCAAACAUGGAGGUGGAAACAUUAUGUUUUGGGGGUGUUUUUCUGCUAAGGGGACAGGACAACUUCACCGCAUCAAAGGGACGAUGGACGGGGACAUGUACCGUCAAAUCUUGGGUGAGAACCUCCUUCCCUCAGCCAGGGCAUUGAAAAUGGGUCGUGGAUGGGUAUUCCAGCAUGACAAUGACCCAAAAGACACGGCCAAGGCAACAAAGGAGUGGCUCAAGAAGAAGCACAUUAAGGUCCUGGAGUGGCCUAGCCAGUCUCCAGACCUUAAUCCCAUAGAACAUCUGUGGAGGGAGCUGAAGGUUCGAGUUGCCAAACGUCAGCCUCAAAACCUUAAUGACUUGGAGAAGAUCUGCAAAGAGGAGUGGGACAAAAUCCCUCCUGAGAUGUGUGCCAACCUGGUGGCCAACUACAAGAAACGUCUGACCUCUGUGAUUGCCACCAAGUACUAAGUCAUGUUUUGCAGAGGGGUCAAAUACUGAUUUCCCUCAUUAAAAUGCAAAUCAAUUUAUAAAUUUUUGUCAUGCAUUUUUCAGGAUUAUUUUGUUGUUAUUCUGUCUCUCACUGUUCAAAUAAAACGACCAUUAAAAUUAUAGACUGAUCAUGUCUUUGUCAGUGGGCAAACGUACAAAAUCAGCAGGGGAUACUUCAAAUACUUUUUUCCCUCACUGUAGGUAGUCCGAGUUGCCAUUUGAUUAACUAUUUAGCAGCCUUGUUUAGCAGUCUUAUGGCUUGGGGGUAGAAGCUGUUCAGGGUCCUGUUGGUUCCAGACUUGGUGCACUGGUACCGCUUGUCGUGCGGUAGAAGAGAGAACAGUAUGACUUGGGUGACCGGAGUCUGACAAUUUUUUGGGCCUUCCUCUGACACCGCCUGGCAUAGAGGUCCUGGAUGGCAGGGAGCUCGGUCCCCAGUGAUAUAUGAAACGAAGACUACCUCUUACAAUUAAUAUAAUUGUUUUAUUUUUUAGAUGGCUCAGGAGGCUGGAACCGAGAUGGCUGCUCUGUCAGGAACAGCACAGAUAAUGAGACUAUCUGUGCCUGCAACCAUCUCACCUGCUUUGGUGUGCUACUGGUGAGUCCAUUCUGAGACACGGUUGUAAUGUGAUCUCUUCCAUUCAGUCUUUGUCAACAGACUUGUUUUUAGAAUGAUUUAAUGUGUAUAACAUGUUUUUGGUGUUUCUUCUGACAGGACAUGUCCAGAACGGACAUAACCAGUUGUCUCCAGGCCACAAUCCUCAACUACAUCACCUACAUCGGGUGUGGCAUUUCCUCCAGCUUUCUCUCCAUCACUCUGCUCACCUACCUGGCCUUUGGGUGAGUCUGAGCGCAGGAUAUCCAUGAUGACACCCACUUGGAGAGCUGAUCUAAAUACAAAGACAUAUAAAAAAGCUCUAAUCAAUGUAAUAUCAAUCUUAAUACCUUUCAAUGUGUUCCUGUAGGAAACUGCGUAAGGACAUCCCAUCUAAGAUCCUGAUCCAGCUGUGUGUGGCUCUGUUGUUUUUGAACCUGGUGUUCCUGGUGGACGGGUGGCUGGCCCUCUACCCCGACUCUGUGGGCCUCUGCAUCUCCACCGCCUGGUUCCUGCACUACUUCCUGCUGGCUUCCUUCACCUGGAUGGGCCUGGAGGCCGUCCACAUGUACCUGGCCCUCGUCAAGGUCUUCAACACAUACAUACCACGUUACAUGCUCAAGUUCUCGCUCCUCGGCUGGGGUAGGUGAAACAAUUAUUGCCUUUUUUUCAUUAUAGUGAAAAACAGCCACCAUUUGCAAGUAAAAGUAACAGUUGCUUACAGUUCAAUGUAGUCUGUUGUCUCUCAUCAUAGGCGUCCCACUCCUUGUGGUCAUCGUCGUUAUUGCUGUUGAUGAGGACAACUACGGCCUUGUUGGCUACGGAAAGUACUCAGAUGGCUCCCCUACAGAUGACUUGUGAGUCCCUUGCAUUUUGUUCACUAUUUAACAUGCCGAUUUACAGUUGGAGUCUUUGCAUAAAGUGCGUGUAUGUGCAUCAUGAAAUGUAUACCGAUACUCACAUUUGCAUAAUAGGAUAGCUGAUACGUCUACACCUGUUGUUUACGAAGCAUGUGACAAAAACAAUGUUAUUUGAUAUAUCCAUUUAUAUAUGUUAUAUAUAUGUUUGUUUUAUAUAUGUUUUAUAGACUACUGUUCAAAAGUUUGGGGUCACUUAAAAAUGUCCUUGUUUUCGAAAGAAAAGCAAUUUUUUUGUCCAUUAAAAUAACAUCAAAUUGAUUAGAAAUACAGUGUAGACAUUGUUAAUGUUGUAAAUGGCUAUUGUAGCUGGAAACGGCUGAUUUUUUAUGGAAUAUCUACAUAGGUGUACAGAGGCCCAUUAUCAGCAAACAUCAGUCCUGUGUUCCAAUGGCACGUUGUGUUUGCUAAUCCAAGUUUAUCAUUUUAAAAGGCUAAUUGAUCAUUAGAGAACCCUUUUGCAAUUAUGUUAGCACAGCUGAAAACUGUUGUGCUGAUUAAAGAAGCAAUAAAAACUGGCCUUCUUGAGACUAGUUGAGUAUCUGGAGCAUCAGCAAUUGUGGGUUCGAUUACAGGCUCAAAAUGGCCAGAAACAAAUAACUUUCUUCUGAAACUCGUCAGUCUAUUCUUGUUCUGAGAAAUGAAGGCUAUUCCAUGCGAGAAAUUGCCAAGAUACUGAAGAUCUCGUACAACGCUGUGUACUACUGCCUUCACAGAACAGCGCAAACUGGCUCUAACCAGAAUAGAAAGAGGAGUGGGAGGCCCCGGUGCACAACUGAGCAAGAGGACAAAUACAUUAGAGUGUCUAGUUUGAGAAACAGGCGCCUCACAGGUCCUCAACUGGCAGCUUCAUUAAAUAGUAACCACAAAACACCAGUCUCAACGUCAAUAGUGAAGAGGCGACUCCGGGAUGCUGACCUUCUAGGCAGAGUUACAAAGAAAAAGCCAUAUCUCAGACUGGCCAAUAAAUAUAAAAGAUUAAGAUGGGCAGUCUGAGAUAUGGUGUUGUACGAGAUCUUCAGUUUCUUGGCAAUUUCUUGCAUGGAAUAGCCUUCAUUUCUCAGAACAAGAAUAGACUGACGAGUUUCAGAAGAAAGUUAUUUGUUUCUGGCCAUUUUGAGCCUGUAAUCGAACCCACAAUUGCUGAUGCUCCAGAUACUCAACUAGUCUCAAGAAGGCCAGUUUUAUUGCUUCUUUAAUCAGUACAACAGUUUUCAGAUGUGCUAACAUAAUUGCAAAAGGGUUUUCUAAUGAUCAAUUAGCCUUUUAAAAUGAUAAACUUGGAUUAGCAAACACAACGUGCCAUUGGAACACAGGACUGAUGGUUGCUGAUAAUGGGCCUUUGUACGCCUAUGUAGAUAUUCCAUUAAAAAUCAGCCGUUUCCAGCUACAAUAGCCAUUUACAACAUUAACAAUGUCUACACUGUUUUCUUUCGAAAACAAGGACAUUUCUAAAUGACCGGAAACUUUUGAAUGGUAGUGUAUAUGUUAUAUAUAUGUUAUACUCUAUUGUAAGCCAUACAUCUUCUCUCCAUUUUUCUCCCACAGCUGCUGGCUGAAGAACGACAUUGCCUUCUACGUAUCUGUUGUGGCCUAUUUCUGUGUCAUCUUCCUGAUCAACCUCAUCAUGUUUGUGGUAGUGAUGGUUCAGCUGUGUCGGAUAAAGAGGCAGAAUCCCAACAACAAGAGGCACCGUAACGCGCUGCAGGACCUGCGCAGUGUGGUUGGGAUCACAGUACUCCUAGGCCUCACCUGGGGCUUUGCCUUCUUCGCCUGGGGGCCCGUCAACCUGGCCUUCAUGUAUUUCUUUUGCAUCUUCAACUCCGUUCAAGGUGAGAUUUAGAGCUCCUCCAAAUUUGCCUAAAUGUUCUAUCCUCAGAGAGGACAAACGGCUUGUGGGGUUUCAUGAGGAAGUGUGUAACCAAUUGGUACUUCAAAUCAAAUCAAAUCAAAUUUUAUUGGUCACAUGCGCCGAAUACAACAGGUGCAGACAUUACAGUGAAAUGCUUACUUACAGCCCUUAACCAACAAAAAAUUAAACAACAACAAAAAAAGUGUUGAGAGAAAAAAGAGCAGAAGUAAAAUAAAGUGACAGUAGGGAGGCUAUAUAUACAGGGGGGUACCGUUGCAGAGUCAAUGUGCGGGGGCACCGGCUAGUUGAGGUAGUUGAGGUAAUAUGUACAUGUGGGUAGAGUUAAAGUGACUAUGCAUAAAUAAUUAACAGAGUAGCAGCAGCGUAAAAAGGAUGGGGUGGGGGGGCAGUGCAAAUAGUCCGGGUAGCCAUGAUUAGCUGUUCAGGAGUCUUAUGGCUUGGGGGUAGAAGCUGUUGAGAAGUCUUUUGGACCUAGACUUGGCACUCCGGUACCGCUUGCCGUGCGGUAGCAGAGAGAACAGUCUAUGACUAGGGUGGCUGGAGUCUUUGACAAUUUUGAGGGCCUUCCUCUGACACCGCCUGGUAUAGAGGUCCUGGAUGGCAGGAAGCUUGGCCCCAGUAAUGUACUGGGCCGUACGCACUACCCUCUGUAGUGCCUUGCGGUCGGAGGCCAAGCAGUUGCCAUACCAGGCGGUGAUGCAACCAGUCAGGAUGCUCUCGAUGGUGCAGCUGUAGAAUUUUUUGAGGAUCUGAGGACCCAUGCCAAAUCUUUUCAGUCUCCUGAGGGGGAAUAAGCUUUGUCGUGCCCUCUUCACGACUGUCUUGGUGUGUUUGGACCAUGAUAGUUCGUUGGUGAUGUGGACACCAAGGAACUUGAAGCUCUCAACCUGUUCCACUACAGCCCCGUCGAUGAGAAUGGGGGCGUGCUCAGUCCUCUUUUUUUCCCUGUAGUCCACAAUCAUCUCCUUUGUCUUGGUCACGUUGAGGGAGAGGUUGUUGUCCUGGCACCACACGGCCAGGUCUCUGACCUCCUCCCUAUAGGCUGUCUCAUCGUUGUCGGUGAUCAGGCCUACCACUGUUGUGUCGUCGGCAAACUUAAUGAUGGUGUUGGAGUCGUGCCUGGCCAUGCAGUCAUGGGUGAACAGAGAGUACAGGAGGGGACUGAGCACGCACCCCUGAGGGGCCCCCGUGUUGAGGAUCAGUGUGGCAGAUGUGUUGUUACCUACCCUUACCACCUGGGGGCGGCCCGUCAGGAAGUCCAGGAUCCAGUUGCAGAGGGAGGUGUUUAGUCCCAGGAUCCUUAGCUUAGUGAUGAGCUUAGAGGGCACUAUGGUGUUGAAUGCUGAGCUGUAGUCAAUGAAUAGCAUUCUCACGUAGGUGUUCCUCUUGUCCAGGUGGGAAAGGGCAGUGUGGAGUGCAAUAGAGAUUGCAUCAUCUGUGGAUCUGUUGGGGCGGUAUGCAAAUUGGAGUGGGUCUAGGGUUUCUGGGAUAAUGCUGUUGAUGUGAGCCAUGACCAGCCUUUCAAAGCACUUCAUGGCUACAGACGUCAGUGCUACGGGUCGGUAGUCAUUUAGGCAGGUUAUCUUAGAGUCCUUGGGCACGGGGACUAUGGUGGUCUGCUUGAAACAUGUUGGUAUUACAGACUCAGUCAGGGACAUGUUGAAAAUGUCAGUGAAGACACUUGCCAGUUGGUCAGCACAUGCUCGGAGUACACGUCCUGGUAAUCCGUCUGGCCCUGCGGCCUUGUGAAUGUUGACCUGCUUAAAAGUCUUACUCACAUCGGCUACGGAGAGCGUGAUCACAUAGUCAUCCGGAACAGCUGGUGCUCUCAUGCAUGCUUCAGUGUUGCUUGCCUCGAAACGAGCAUAGAAGUGGUUUAGCUCGUCUGGUAGGCUUGUGUCACUGGGCAGCUCGCGGCUGUGCUUCCCUUUGUAGUCUGCGAUAGUUUUCAAGCCCUGCCACAUCCGACGAGCGUCAGAGCCAGUGUAGUACGAUUCAAUCUUAGUCCUGUAUUGACUCUUUGCCUGUUUGAUGGUUCGUCGGAGGUCAUAGCGGGAUUUCUUAUAAGCGUCCGGGUUAGAGUCCCGUUCCUUGAAAGCGGCAGCUCUACCCUUUAGCUCAGUGCGGAUGUUUCCUGUAAUCCAUGGCUUCUGGUUGGGGUAUGUACGUACGGUCACUGUGGGGACGACAUCAUCGAUGCACUUAUUGAUGAAGCCAGUGACUAAUGUGGUGUACUCCUCAAUGCUGUCUGAAGAAUCCCGGAACAUGUUCCAGUCUGUGCUAGCAAAACAGUCCUGUAGCUUAGCAUCUGCGUCAUCUGACCACUUUUUUAUUAACCGAGUCACUGGUGCUUCCUGCUUUAGUUUUUGCUUAUAAGCAGGAAUCAGGAGGAUAGAGUUAUGGUCAGAUUUGCCAAAUGGAGGGCGAGGGAGAGCUUUGUAUGCGUCUCUGUGUGUGGAGUAAAGGUGGUCUAGAGUUUUUUUUCCUCUGGUUGCACAUUUAACAUGCUGGUAGAAAUUAGGUAGAACGGAUUUAAGUUUCCCUGCAUUAAAGUCCCCGGCCACUAGGAGCGCUGCAACUGGAUGAGCGUUUUCCUGUUGAUUUAUGGCCUUGUACAACUCAUUCAGUGCAAUCUUAAUGCCAGCAUUGGUUUGUGGUGGUAAAUAGACAGCUAUGAAAAAUAUAGAUGAAAACUCUCUUGGUAAAUAGUGUGGUCUACAGCUUAUCAUAAGAUACUCUACCUCAGGCGAGCAAAACCUCGAGACUUCCUUAGUAUUUGAUUUUGUGCACCAGCUGUUGUUUACAAAUAUACACAGACCGCCACCCCUUGUCUUACCGGAGUCAGCCGUUCUAUCCUGCCGAUGUAGCGUAUAGCCCGCUAGCUGUAUGAAAUCCAUGUCAUCGUUCAGCCACGACUCGGUGAAACAUAAGAUAUUACCGUUUUUAAUGUCCCGUUGGUAGGAUAACCGUAAUCUUAAGUCGUCCAAUUUGUUCUCCAAUGAUUGAACGUUGGCUAAUAGGAUUGAUGGAGCUUGUGUUCUCUUGCAGGGUUCUUUAUAUUUGUGUUCCACUGCGCUGUGAAGGAGAAUGUGAGGAGGCAGUGGAGGACUUAUCUCUGCUGUGGUAGACUGAGACUGGCAGAGAACUCAGGUAAGACCUGUUGACCUACAUCUUGCAAUAAAACAGUGACCUACAGUGGGGAGAACAAGUAUUUGAUACACUGCCGAUUUCGCAGGUUUUCCUACUUACGAAGCAUGUAGAGGUCUGUAAUUUUUAUCAUAGGUACACUUCAACUGUGAGAGACGGAAUCUAAAACAAAAAUCCAGAAAAUCACAUUGUAUGAUUUUUAAGUAAUUAAUUUGCAUUUUAUUGCAUGACAUAAGUAUUUGAUCACCUACCAACCAGUAAGAAUUCCGUCUCUCACAGACCUGUUAGUUUUUCUUUAAGAAGCCCCCCUGUUCUCCACUCAUUACCUGUAUUAACUGCACCUGUUUGAACUCGUUACCUGUAUAAAAGACACCUGUCCACACACUCAAUCAAACAGACUCCAACCUCUCCAAAAUGGCCAAGACCAGAGAGCUGUGUAAGGACAUCAGGGAUAAAAUUGUAGACCUGCAUGAGGCUGGGAUGGGCUACAGGACAAAAGGCAAGCAUGUUGGUGAGAAGGCAACAACUGUUGGCGCAAUUAUUAGAAAAUCGAAGAAGUUCAAGAUGACGGUCAAUCACCCUCGGUCUGGGGCUCCAUGCAAGAUCUCACCUCGUGGGGCAUCAAUGAUCAUGAGGAAGGUGAGGGAUCAGCCCAGAACUACAGGGCAGGACCUGGUCAAUGACCUGAAGAGAGCUGGGACCACAGUCUCAAAGAAAACCAUUAGUAACACACUACGCCGUCAUGGAUUAAAAUCCUGCAGUCCACGCAAGGUCCCACUGCUCAAGCCAGCGCAUGUCCAGGCCCGUCUGAAGUUUGCCAAUGACCAUCUGGAUGAUCCAGAGGAGGAAUGGGAGAUGGUCAUGGGGUCUGAUGAGACAAAAAUAUAGCUUUCUGGUCUAAACUCCACUCGCCGUGUUUGGAGAAAGAAGAAGGAUGAGUACAACCCCAAGAACACCAUCCCAACCGUGAAGCAUGGAGGUGGAAACAUCAUUCUUUGGGGAUGCUUUUCUGCAAAGGGGACAGGACGACUGCACCGUAUUGAGGGGAGGAUGGAUAGGGUCAUGUAUCGCAAGAUCUUGGCCAACAACCUCCUUCCCUCAGUAAGAGCAUUGAAGAUGGGUCGUGGCUGGGUCUUCCAGCAUGACAACGACCCGAAACACACAGCCAGGACAACUAAGGAGUGGCUCCAUAAGAAGCAUCUCAAGGUCCUGGAGUGGUCCUUUGGAGGGAGCUGAAAGUCCGUAUUGCCCAGCAACAGCCCCGAAACCUGAAGGAUCUGGAGAAGGUCUGUUUGGAGGAGUGGGCCAAAAUCCCUGCUGCAGUGUGUGCAAACCUGGUCAAGACCUACAGGAAACGUAUGAUCUCUGUAAUUGCACACAAAGGUUUCUGUACCAAAUAUUAAGUUCUGCUUUUAUGAUGUAUCAAAUACUUAUGUUAUGCAAUAAAAUGCAAAUUAAUUACUUAAAAAUCAUACAAAGUGAUUUUCUGGAUUUUUGUUUUAGAUUCCGUCUCUCACAGUUGAAGUGUACCUAUGAUAAAAAUUACAGACCUCUACAUGCUUUGUAAGUAGGAAAACCUGCAAAAUUGUCAGUGUAUCAAAUACUUGUUCUCCCCACUGUACGUGUGGUUUGUUUAUGAAAUCACAGUGCUCUAGGGUAAAAAAGCAGAACAUUCUAUGUCAACCUAAAUUGAGAUAUUUUAUGUCAUUUAACUGACGUGAGGAUUUCAUUUCAUUCUUCUUUUCUCAUCACAGAGUGGAGCCGCACUGCAACACAGAAGACAGGGAAGAAGUCAUUGUCAGUGACCAGAGCCACGUCCCUCCGCUCCGACAACUCCUCCCAGUUCAACCAUUCCUCCAUCUCCUCCUCCUUGGCCAAUCACUCCUCGGAGUGGCCCAGUGGAGGAAUAGGUAGGCAUUGAGGGAGGGGGAAUCAGGGUUUAUUAACAACCAAUAUGGGUCAGACAACAGGAUAUAGGA